CCUAACUCGAGAAACAGUUGUUAUUGUGGCAGAAUGCAUCAUAGGUUGACGGACAUUUUCCAAUAUUUGGUAGACCUGACAACAGUGAUCGUGCUUGGUCUACCGAUUCUGUUCCGGGAAAUUUUCAGUCUAAUUUUCCCAAGAACACCUAAGGAAGUGUCCGGACAGCUUGCGCUGAUUACCGGUGGAGGCAACGGGUUGGGUCGGGAGAUUGCGUUGCAGUUGGCUGGAAAGGGCUGCAAUGUUAUCGUAGUGGAUGUGGACCUCAAAUCAGCAGAGGACACUUGUGUGGUUCUACGAAAACUUAAUGUAAAGGCGCAUGCCUACCGAGUGGACGUUUCUUCGUACGAGGAGGUGCAAAGCUUAGCUACAGCGGUGUACAAAGACUUCGGACCAGUUGAUCUCCUAAUCAACAACGCCGGAUUGAUUCAGUUUAAAUUCCUGGAAGGUAACACAACUGAAGAUGUCCACCGAAUGAUCGACGUGAACGUUAAGUCACAUAUUUGGACCACCAAAGUGUUCCUGGAGCGUAUGAUCGAGCGGAAGCGCGGCCAUAUCGUCGGCAUUUCAUCGAUGUCCGGAAUGUUCGCGUUUCCGUGGGCUGUUGUCUACUCUACCUCAAAGUUUGCUGUCAAUGGGUUUAUGGCAGCAAUGCGCGAACAGCUGCGCCUGCAAGGACACUCCGAGUACAUCCGAACGACAACCGUCUGCCCUUACUACAUCGCCACCCGGAAGGAUAUUGUGGAUUUCCUACAGAAGCCACGAUUUCAGCUUUUGACAACUGAGCAUGCUGCUCGUGUCAUCACCAAGGGUAUACUUCGCAAUGAGACCAUGAUCGCGUUACCACGGUUCUUCGAUUUGGGCGUGAAGUUUAUGCAGCUAUUCCCAGUGAAGGUGCAACAACUAGUGCGAGAUUACAUGAUAAGAGAAUACGAAUUGAACCAAGUUCAGUAAGGCAAAACGGAAACAUUCAUUCACUUUGAUGGGCUGUACAUAUUAUCGAUAUUAUAGUUCA